AUGUCUGAAGCAAUCAACGCCUUGGGGCUUGCCUUCCCCGACACACAAGUUUUUGUGCGAAACACAAUAGAGUUUGAUGAAUUAAAUGGUUCAUACCUCUCAGCAUUGGAAAGCGACAUCACACCAGCCUGCAUCUUCCUGCCCAAGACCAAAGAAGAGGUCAAGUCCUUCAUCCAAACGGUCAAACCAUUUGUGGCGAGCGGUAAUAUUGCAUUUGCUAUUCGUGGUGCUGGACAGGUACCACUUCCAGGCAGUGCCAACAUUGAGAAUGGUAUUACCCUUGACCUCAGAAAUCUGACUGGAGUGGAGUGUAAAGAUGGUAUUGUCUCAAUCGCGGCAGGUGAGCGAUGGAGUACAGUCUACCAAAGAUUGGCAGCUGAGGGACUCGGUGUAACCGGAAGCCGAUCCGGGAAUGGUGGUAUCGGAGGCUUAGCCUUGGAAGGUGGUCUUUCCUUUUUUUCGUCUCGCGAAGGCUUUGUGAGCGACAACGUCGUCAACUAUGAGGUCGUUCUAGCAUCUGGUGAAAUUGUCAAUGCCAACGCUUCUGAAAACUCCGAUCUUUGGACCGCUUUGCGAGGCGGCUCGAACAACUUCGGUAUCGUUACCAGAUUUGAUAUGAAGACAUUUCAACAAGGAUCUUUCUGGGGUGGCAGUGUGUACUAUUUCCCGGCGAGUUUCCCUAGUCAAAUUGAGGCUUUAGUCAACGAAAUCAAGAAACCGAAUGCAUCGGUGGAAACACAGCUCAUGGUUAGCAUCGGUUACGCUGCUGCUUUCGGUAUGAUCGCAUGUCAAAACCAAGUAUACUACACGAGAGAAGCCACCGAAACUCCUCCUGUUCUUCAACCAUUCACCGCAAUAGAGCCGCAGAUUGAUGCGCUCAAUAGUUUGCGAGUGUUGAAUUUGACAUCUGCUGCUACAGAGCAAGCUGCUGAUGGCCAAACUAGCCAAAGGGUGUCGUAUAUGAACACGGUGAUUAAAGCGGACAUUGCCACCCUGCAAGAGGCAUCCACGAUCUACACAACUGCUCUCUCAAACAUCACGUCCAUCGCAGGGCUUAUCGGCUCUCUGACUCUUCAACCAUACCCUGUGUCCUUGCUCCAAAAGUCUGUGGAAAAUGGCGGAAACUCGUUGGGAUUGUCACCUUCCGAUGGACCACUAGUCUCGAUUUUACUUCUCACGACCUGGCAGAAUAAGAGUGAUGAUGAAAUAAUUUUCAAAACAAUGAGAGGCGCACUUGAAAAUAUCAAAGCAGCAGCAGUUGCGAAAAAUACAUCGGUUGAUUAUGUGUUCAUGAACUAUGCCGCUGAUUUUCAAGACCCUAUUUCAUCAUACGGUGAUGAAAAUAAGAGAAAAUUGCAGAAUGUGAGCAAGAAGUAUGAUCCAGAAGGAUUGUUCCAGAAGGGUGUACCAGGAGGAUUUAAGCUCUUCGUUUGA